CAUCGAAGAGAGGAGAUACCCUUCCAAUGAGGUAGCCUGACGAAUCAAAUAGAGCCCUCGAGUUUUGCGUGACAUUUCGAACAAGUUGGAAAAAAAACAUCAAAGGAUAGAACAGCCCUCUCAGCCCAUCCCUGUAGCCGCAGGACCAUGUGCCAGUGAUGACUAGCUGUUGUAUUCCAGAGGCCCACCUUGGCAGCUAGAGGAGAGGCUCCGCCCCAUCACCGCGAUGGCAGCGUUGCCGCGGUACGCCUCCCCCAUGUCUGUGCCUGGCAUGUUGCUCCUCCCCCUGCUCCUGCUGCCCCUCCCCAUCGCGCUGUCCCAGAAACCCCUGCUCCUCUCCCCGACCGACCCCACGCCCGCCUCCCGGGACCUUUCCCGGCCGGAGUGCACCCGGAGAGAGCACCCUGUGGUCACCUUCCAAGCCCUGAGUCCUUGGAUCUCUAUUUUCUCCCACCCGGGCGUGAGAGACUACUCCCAACUGACCCUUGAUCUGACCAGGAAUGAGCUGAUAGUGGGUGCAAGAAACUUCCUCUUCAGAUUGAGUCUCAACAACGUGUCUCUCAUCCAGGCAACGGAAUGGAUUCCAGAUGAUGACACCAGGAGGUCCUGUCAGAGCAAAGGGAAGAGCGAGGUAGAGUGUCAGAACUACCUCCGCGUGCUACUGGUCAAUAAGACUGAGGUCAUCACCUGUGGAACCAACGCCUUCCAGCCCCUCUGUAUCACCCGGGAGGUGGGGAACAUGUCCAGCGUGUUGGAUCGUGUGAACGGCGUGGCACGGUGCCCGUAUGACCCUCGCCAUAACUCCACGGCGGUGGUGACGGAGAGUGGUGAGCUGUUCGCCGCCACUGUCAUAGACUUUUCGGGUCGCGACCCCGUCAUCUACCGGAGCCUAGGAGGCAUGCCACCCCUUCGGACUGCCCAGUACAACUCCAAGUGGCUCAACGAACCCCAUUUCAUCUCAGCGUACGAUGUGGGUCUCUUCACCUUUUUCUUUCUGCGUGAGAACGCCGUGGAACACGACUGUGGGAAGACUGUCUACUCCCGGGUGGCCCGGGUCUGUAAGAACGACAUCGGAGGGCGGUUCCUACUGGAGGAUACCUGGACCACCUUCAUGAAGGCCAGGCUGAACUGCUCGCGCUCAGGAGAGAUCCCCUUCUACUAUAACGAGCUGCAGAGCACCUUCUAUCUGCCUGAACAAGACCUCAUCUAUGGGAUUUUCACCACCAACGUGAACAGUAUAGCAGCGUCUGCAGUGUGUGCAUUUAACCUUAGCUCCAUCACCCAGGCCUUCAACGGGCCCUUCCGUUCCCAGGAGAACCCUCGCUCUACCUGGCUGCCCACCCCCAACCCCAUCCCCAACUUCCAGUGUGGGACCAUAGAUGACGACGGCGGUCCUAAUGAUGGUCUGACGGAGCGCAGCCUCCAGGACGCCCAGCGGCUGUACCUGAUGAACGACGUAGUGCAGCCCGUCUCUGUGGACCCCUUGGUCAUGCAGGACGAUGUGCGCUUCUCCAGGCUGGUAGUGGACAUCGUACAGGGUCACGACACCCUCUACCACGUCAUGUACAUCGGCACAGAAUACGGCACCAUCCUGAAGGCCCUGGCCACCACCAAUAAGAGCCUUCAGGGGUGUUACCUGGAGGAGAUCCAGCUCCUCCCCCCUGGGGUGCGGGAGCCAAUCCUGAACCUGCAGAUCCUUCACAGUGAUAGGUCACUGUUUGUGGGACUCAACAACAGAGUUCUGAAGAUUCCAUUGGAGAGAUGCUCCAACUACAAGACUGAGACGCUAUGCCUGGAGGCACGGGACCCCUACUGUGGCUGGGACAGAAAACAGAGAAGCUGCACCACUCUAGAGGACAGCUCCAACAUGAGCCAGUGGAGUCAGAACAUCACUGUGUGUCCGCUGAGGAACCAGACCACCAAUGGCGUCUUUGGACCCUGGACGACGUGGCAACCAUGCAGCAAUGACGAUGGCGACGGCACCAGCUCCUGUCUGUGUCGCUCCAGGGCGUGUGACAAUCCCUCUGCUCGUUGUGGUGGGAGGAACUGUGAGGGGUCCACCAUCGAAGUCUCCAAUUGCUCCAGAAAUGGAGGAUGGACACCAUGGUCGUCAUGGGGACAGUGCAGCACCACCUGUGGAACAGGGUUUGAGAUGCGCCAGCGCUCCUGCAACAACCCGCCCCGACAUGGGGGACGUGUGUGUGUGGGCCCGGUCAGGGACGAGAGGUUCUGUAACGAGGGUGUGUCGUGUCCCCAGCCUAUCUUCUGGUCCCUAUGGGGUGCCUGGGCUAAGUGCAGUGCAGAGUGUGGAGGAGGGGUCCACUCCAGGGUCAGAAGCUGUGAGAACGGGAACAGCUGCCCAGGCUGCGCAUUGGAAUACAAGGCGUGUAACCUUGAGGCGUGUCCAGAGGUGAAGAGGAACACCCCUUGGACCCCGUGGAUGCCUGUCAACGUGACGCUGGGCGGAGCACGCCAAGAGCAGAGGAUGCGCUACAUGUGCCGUGCCCAGCUGGCAGACCCUCACGAGCUGCAGAUUGGACGACGCAAAGUAGAGACCCGCUUCUGCCCCAACGACGGCAUGGCCACCUGCGAGACUGACACUCUGGUGGAGGACCUCCUGAGAACCCCUGUGGUACGAGUGGCGGGCUCCGGCUGGUCGUCAUGGGAGACGUGGUCCGCCUGCUCCCAGGACUGUGCCAAAGGGUACCGUACCCGCAAGCGCACCUGUGCCACGCCAGAGGGCAAGGUUGCCCCCCCAGCCUGCAGGGGUUCGCCCGUAGAGUACCAAGACUGCAACUCUCAGGCCUGCCCAGUGAGUGGAGCCUGGUCCUGUUGGUCGUCCUGGUCUCAGUGUUCGGUACCCUGUGGUGGAGGGCACUAUCAGCGUACCCGCUCCUGUAACAAGCCCAGCCCUGGCAACGGAGGAGAUAUCUGUAUUGGCCUACACACUGAGGAAGCGCUGUGCAACACACACCACUGUGACGGCGGCUGGAUGGCCUGGUCUCUGUGGUCAGCAUGUGAUGACGUAGGGCUGCAGGUACGCAGCCGGGGCUGUGGGGCUCAAGGCUCCGCCCCCUGUGUGGGAAACAGCACUGAGCACAGGGACUGCAACGAGAUUCCAGUGAUUCUCCCUGCGUCUGGCUUUGAUAAGGACCAGCAAUGCAGAGCAUUCACCUCUCUGCACCUGAUAGCCACAGGCGUGUCUUGUUUCCUGGGGGCGGGCCUUCUGUCCUUCCUGGUCUAUGUGUACUGCCAGCACUUCCACAAGCCCUCGCAGGAGUCUGCCGUCAUACACCCAACCACACCCAACCACCUCAACUACAAGGGCAACACCACACCAAAGAACGAGAAGUACACGCCCAUGGAGUUCAAGACUCUGAACAAGAACAACCUGCUCCCAGACGAGAGGUCUAACUUCUACCCAACACCCCUGCAGCAAACUAACGUUUACACUACCACCUACUACCCCACAGCGCUGGGCAAAUUUGACUACAACAGGCCUGACUCCUCCCCUUCCCCUUGCAGAACCUAUAACCACAGCUGAGACACACACCCCAAGGACCCCAGCCCCACCUACCUACCCAGACUGAACUCCACCCCCAUCGCCAUGGUGACAAAUGCCAUGGUGACUGAACACAACCUAAGACCUGGAUCUCAUUUUUGCUCUCCUUUCCUUUAUCCCAUGGUAUCGCCAAAAUGGUGGGGUGUGUGUGUGUAAGGGUAUACCUGGAAUGUACUAUCAGCACUCUGUAGGGGUGGAUACAGUAUGAAUACUGAUGCCUCCCCUAGACUCACUAACUAGAGCCAGGAACCUGAUCCUGGUACUGGACAUCACAGUGUCAACGUAGUGCUUUGAUGGAGAGCUGAAUGAUGAACUCCAUAAGACACUAUAAGCUACAGUAUGGUUUUGGACAAUGACUUAUCCCUGUGGAACUUGACAACCUGAUCCCCUUACUGUGGGUGUUGUGCUAUUCAGAGAGGCUAGAGGUGGCUUUAAGAGAUACUCAAAAUGGCCACAUCUUCUCCUCUCUGGUCUGUCUGGUCACCUCUAUGAAUGAGUCUCUAUGACACCAACUUCCCCUCUGUCUGCAGCUUUUAUCCCCAUUCUAAACUCAGAAUUCUCCCAACAACAAGUUACCGGGAACAUCCCAACCGGCGCAUAUCCUGGUGUCUGUCCUUGCUUCAGUGCGGUGGUUGCAAAUCAUGAGGAAACCAAAAAAAUUACUAAAUUAAUUCAAGAGAUCAGGAGGCCAAUAUCAGUUCUAUUGGGUUUGGAGGUGGAUGGAUGAAUGCACUCAGCUCACCUCAUCACAUGACAUGAGGAGGACAAGAACCUGGGACUUCAGCUCUGCCAUGUUUUUGGGUGGUACUAGAGGACCAGGGGAACAGAGGCACAUCCAUGGAUGGCAGCGUGUGAUCGGUUAUGGACAAAACACUACCUAUAUUGGUCCACACAGAUACAGACAUACUCAUUGCUGGAUAGACUCUAGUUUUAAUCUGCUUAUGUCCAAACAAGGCCCCACACAUCAGGCUGCCUAGCUGUGUUAUGUAAUGUAUAGGUAGGCUUCCCAGGGAACGAUCUGAACAUGGGAUAGAGAUCUGAGGUUUCUGACUGAGAGAGUUGGAAUCAGUUGACGGGAUAUAGUUGGUACAGCUUUGGGUUGUCUCGGGUGCCUGUCUGUAUGCAACAGAGGGGAUAAUGUGGGGUCAGAUUAUAUAAAGACUUCUAGAAGGGAAUUCCCUUGAUUCUAGAAUGAAAUGGAUGCAUUCUACUGAGCACUGUACCUACCUACUACCGCUCAGUGUGAAAACUGGACUGCAACCGCAUUUUGAUAUGAUAUCAUACAAGCUAGAAUAAGAAGCUAGUAGUGUGGCACCUUUUUUUAAGUGUUUUUUUUAUGAGGAGGUUAUUUGUUUAAUGCUAGAGAGAGAGAACAGUAGUAUAGGAGGAAAAGUUUUAUUUCACAAAUAAUAGCUGAUUCACUUUUUAGUUUCUCAUCAGUUUCACAUCACAAAAUACAUUAUUUUUACAUUUUUCAAAGCAGCUUAGUAGCCAAUGUGUAUCUGACAUAUUUUACAAAUAAGAACAAAAAAAUAAAACACAGAUUCAUGUAGAAGCAAAUAUAAGUCUGACUGUAGCAAAUAUUAAUGGAUCCCUCUCUUAACAUUGCUAAAUCAUGCUUAGAAAUAGUGGUAUGAGAUUAAUGUUUUGCUUGUAUGUGUAUGUUUGCUUGCUUCGUAUGUGUAUGCCUGUGAGCUUGAAUGAGGAGAGGAACAGACAACUCUGUAUGUAUUUUGUACAAUGUAAAGGUAAUGCUUUAUUACAUAUGACUGUAUAUGACGGGAUCUGUAAAGGACCAUGUGCAUUUCUUCACACAUUAUGAUGAUGGCACUCCUGCCGUUCCGCUGGGUUUCUGUGUGUUCCACGUAUAAGAUGUUAAUCAUUGUAAGUUUAAGGAGAGCUGCACGGUUCUCAUGGGGAAGCUUGGAUCAUAAAGGAAUUUGAGAAACACAACUGAGCUAUAUUUUCUUAUUAUGCCUGAUGUUAUGCUAAUUCAGCAGCAAUGCUUCUAGUUCCUCUCAUAGAAAUAGAAGGAUUUUAUUCUAUCAUUCUAAUUCUAUAGUUCCGCUAUAUGCACGAGAGCUCUAUCUGUACAUAAGAGACAGCCUUCGAUCUGCAGACCAUUAAUGACAUCUAAAGGUUAGUAUAAUGUAAAUGUAUAUUAUUGUAUAGCUAACACUGUUUUUUGUUUUGUUUGUUUUGUUUGAAGCCUUAUAGUUGUUAAAAAGUGCAGCAGCUAUGUACACACCAACCAUGGGGUUUGUAAGGGGAUAGAGCUAGUCAAUGUGACUGGUUGACUACGGCCUAGACAUCUUUUCCAGGGAUGUAUUCAUUCCACCGAUUCUGUUGCAAAAUGUUUCGCAAACGGAAUGAAACGAAGAGGGACGUACAUGAAUUUGUCCAAUAAAAACUCUUGUUUUUCUCUUUUAGCUUUCCGUUUGGGUCUUAAACGGUUUCCGUAAUGAAUACACAACAGCUGUUUCGUUACUUUGUGCAGAUGUACAGUUUGGCUACAUCUUGUGUAGUAUCUUAGAGUAACAAAGACAGCCCGUCGUUUUAGAGGCACUUGUGCCAGUUUAAUACAGAAUCAAUGUCACCACCAUAACAAAGCAUUUAUAAUUAAAAGCCCUACCUUAAUAAAACAUGUAAAAUAAGAACUUGAUACAGCAAAUGUACAACAAAGAGUCAUGUAAAUUAGAUGAAAGUAAUUCUGCUGUUUAGAGGACUUAAAGUAACACUUCCAUCCUGUGGUUUUCCUUUUCCACACAUGCCUCACCCACGUUUCUUGGAUUUGUAAUUCGUUCCGCCUAAAUGGUGACUCCCUCUAAUUUGCUUCCCUUGGCCCUGUAGUCACUUUUGAUUGGACAAGCUGGAUGCCACAUUGUGGAGCUCUGUCCCCUGAUUGGCUCGGUGCCCUUCUAUGCAACUGACCUGGUGGUACUGUUAGAUAUGUGACAUAGACUGUAAUCACUGCCUUUUAGACACUGUGAAUUUUUUGGUACUCUAUAUUUUUGUAUAUUGUACAUUAUAAAGGAUAAUAAACCUUGAUGCCAACA